GGUCGUUUGGAGAAAAAAUGGCUAACUUUGACAGCAGCAGCAGCAUCAGCAGUAUCAGACGUAUAGGUGGAGACGUCUUCGCCCAACUGCUCGCGUACUUUGAAGAGCUUAGUAAGGAAGGAAGGAAUCUCCUCAAGUUUCAGCUUCCCACUGUAACAACGGAGCAGCCUCGUACAUUGGACUUGAACAUGGAGGAGUCAGCAAGUGACCCGGUGGACCUGAGCCAGAAUCUCAAUUCUAUAUUAGACAUCUCAUCAGCCAUCAAGUCGGUUGCUGCAAAUGGAAUGUGGAAUUUUGGGAAAAUGCAGACCAUGCCCAAGUUGUUUUGGGCUCCUGGACAUGAGGAAAACAAGACACCUUUGAUUCCUCCAAUAGCGCAGGCUACCACAGAAGAGGAGCCUGAAGAGGAGGACAAGGAUAACGAAGAGGGAGAGCCCAUUGUGACCUUUCAGUCAAAGUACAUUCACAAAUGCCCCCUCUACCAGGACUACUGUGUACAGUCAGUCAGAGAUGACCUCCAGAAACUCAACACUAAGACCUUCCUGUCUGAACUGAUCUCCCCCGAAUAUCUGCGGGGUCUUCAAUCUCGCCUCAGUCCCAAAGAGUCGCCUUGGCAGAGCUCCUCUGGGUCAAGCUCGCCCUCUCCUCCUGAUUGCCACGUUAUCCGCGUGGUACCUUGCACCCUGUGGCAAGACUUGGACGAGGUGAAGGCGGCCGGUCUGCUCAGCACUAUGACUGUCCAACAGAUUCGACUUCAGGAGUCCAUGUUUGAAUUGAUCAGCUCUGAGGCGUCUUACUUAAGGAGCCUGAGCGUCACAGUGGAUCACUUCUUCUCAUCCAAAGCGCUCAAGCGAACCUUAUCCCAAAUGGAGCACCACACUUUGUUCUCCAACGUCCGUCACGUGAAGGUCACCAGUGAGAAGUUUCUAAUGGACCUGGAGAUGCGCCUGGGCGAGUGCGUGAUGAUAUCCCAGCUUGGGGACAUUGUACUUGACCAUUGCCCCGCUUUCCGCGCCCGCUAUGUGCCCUACAUAACCAACAUGAUGUACCAGGAGGCGCUCAUCAACCAGCUGCUGCAGCAGAACCGUGACUUUGAGUCAUGCCUCAAGCAGCUCGAGAGCGAGCCGGUGUGCCAGAGACAGACUCUUAAAUCCUUCCUCGUCCUUCCCUUCCAGAGAAUCACUCGCAUUAAGCUCAUUCUGGAGAAUAUCUUGAAACUGACUGAAGCGGAUUCAGAUGGCGUGUCAUUAUUUCACAAAGCAAAAGAGGCCAUACAUGAGAUCGUGGUUGAGUGCAACGAGGGGAUUAAAAAAAUGAAAGUCAUCGAGCAACUCAUCUCCCUGGAGGUGUUGCUGGAUUUUGGCAAUCUAAAGGCACUCCCUCUGGUCGUAAGUGGCCGUUUUUUGGUGCACAAUGGCCCCUUGAGCCUCCUGACAGUGGAGAGCAGCCCGCAAUCCAGAAUGCUUCUCAUUGACAUCCACCUUCACCUCUUCAACGACUUGUUGAUCCUCUCCACAAAAAAGGAGCAGCGCUUCCUGGUAGAGGACCAUGCCGAGUUCCCCACGUAUGUGCACGUUGCACCCCUGAAGACGGAAGAACUUGGUCUACCGCCGGAAUCCUUCCUGUUACAUCUCUCUCGGAGUUGCACCGGAAACCCAACCGCCAUGAUACUAGUUGCACACAGCAGGACAGACCAGGAGCAGUGGCUGAGGGUGCUGAAGGCUGAUUUAGUUUAAAUCAAAGAUUUAGAAGCACAUUUUCUGGAGUUGUUCACGUAUCCAGUGUGCACUUUGACAAAUGACACACUUAAAAAAACAGCAACUUCA